AUGGAAUUGCCUGCCCUGGAGAUUCUGAAGAAGAAUAGAAAUAAAUGUGUCAGGAUUAUCACUCUUAGCAGCAAAACAUAUCGAGGGGUGCUAGAGAAUUUUGAUAUGCAUGUAAAUACACAUCUCAAGGAAAGUUAUCUUCAGAUAGAUGGAGAGUCGGAGACCUACAUCGGUGAGGUUCUAAUAAACGGAGGGACAAUUGCAUGUUUUGAUAUUAUCUGA